CCGUCGUCGUCAUCCACCACCCUUCUGAACGUCUCUCUCUCUCUUUUCUCGUAAUCUGUUUUCUUUCUCACAGGACCGAGCUGCUGCGGCUGCAGAGGAAAGAGCGAAAGGAAAAAAAGGGAGGAAAAGGGCUCGAACAGAAACAAGAGUCCGUCCGCAAUUAUUAUUAUACGAAAUCCAUUUUUGAAAAUUUUGGAAGGACAGAGAGAGAGGUGCGAAGGGAAGAACGCCAGAGGGACCUGUCUGUCUAAAAAUGCGUGUAGAUGAGGACGUGAAGGGAAGAAGAAGAAGAAGCAGCAGCAGCAGCUGGUGGUGCAGACGUACCACCAACUUUUCCUCCUCGUCCCCCUCUUCUGCGUUGCACCAUCCGUCAAUGAGAACGCUUUCUUCCUCCUCCUCUGUGCCUUCCUCUUUCUCCUCUUCAUGUCACGACUCCUGCUACCGUUUGUACGUGCCCCGCCAUUCUGUUACCGCCACUACCACCAUGACGGGUUGACCUCGAUCAUCGCUCGUUCGCUGCCUCGCAUGCUCUCUGGAUGUCAAAUGCAUGUGACUACCUGUGUCUGUCUACUUCUCUUUUCAAUUGGCUGGGGGCCCCAAACUGUAACUGCCCGUCUGGUUACUGUGUGAGUAAUUAAAUGGUAGUAAGAAGAGUUUGGCGUGUGAGCAUUUAGAGUGGGUGUUGAAGUUAUCUAUUUCCUUGCUUUACCACUUUCCUUUUUUCUCUUUUGGGGUAUUGGCAAUUUGUAAAGUGAAAAUUAAAUGCAUGGAUGGAAGGGAGGCAAUGCCGCUAUCCGGGUCAUCUCCUUAUUACAUGCAGCAGAGAGGAAUCAGCAGCUCUGGUUCGGGAGCACAAACUGGAUUGCAUGGUCAAGCAGGCAUUCGACCGCUGUCUAGUUCUGGAUAUACUAUCCAGUCCAAUAUAAGUAGCACCGUAUCUACAUAUCCUGUUGAACCCCCAGCGACAGCAAUUUCACCUCAUGGUGUUAGUGUGGGCAUGACAGGGGGAAUGACAUCAGUAGAGCCAGUGAAAAGAAAAAGAGGUAGGCCAAGAAAAUAUGGCCCAGAUGGAACAAUGGCACUUGCAUUGUCACCUCUUUCUUCAACACCACCACAAUCUCUAGUGCCACUGCAGAAGCGGGGUAGAGGGCGGCCACCUGGUUCUGGGAGGAAGCAGCAGCUAGCAUCACUUGGUGAAUGGAUUGCGGGAUCAGCUGGAAUGGGCUUCACUCCACAUAUUAUAACAAUUAGUGUUGGUGAGGAUAUCGCAUCAAAGAUAAUGUCAUUUUCACAACUAGGCCCUAGGGCAAUCUGCAUCUUAUCUGCUAGUGGUGCUGUUUCCACUGUGACACUUCGUCAACCAUCAACAUCUGGUGGCACUGUUACAUAUGAGGGUCGCUUUGAGAUACUGUGCUUGUCAGGUUCUUACUUGUUGUCUGAGGAUGGUGGCACUCGCAGCCGUACUGGUGGCUUGAGUGUCUCUCUUGCCAGUCCUGAUGGUAGAGUUGUUGGUGGUGGUGUUGCUGGCCUUCUAAUUGCUGCUAGUCCUGUCCAGGUAAUAGUUGGGAGCUUCACCUAUGGAGGUCGAAAGACACAAUCAAAGCAAGAAAGCAGCGACCAAGUUCGGUCAGAGCCUCCCAUGGCUCCCAAUAUUGGCAUGUCAGAUAAAACAGGAGCUUCUUCAGGAAUGAUGCAUAGCCAAAGCCCUGGUGUUGUCUCUCAGUCUGGAUGGCCUGGGUCCCGAUCUAUGGAUAUCAGAAACUCGCAUAUAGACAUCGACUUGACUCGUGGCUGAUUUGGUUUGCAUGUCAGGUUUUUGGGAGUGGUGAUUACUGUCAAGUGUAUGGGGAGGUGUUCAAAGAGGGAAUUUUUGAGGUUGAAGUCUGCAUAAUUGCGAGUAGCUGUCAGGUCCACAUAGGUUUGCAUUAUGACUAUUUGUUUCCAUCUGGCCAUGCUGCUAUUUGUUUUGCGCAAAAUGCAGUUGGAGGUUUUCCAGAUGAAGUGUACUGAGGUUUGCCAGAUGAAGUGUACUUAUGCUUUCUGAUGAGGUGAAGUAGCUUCCUUUUGCCUUUAAACUCUGUCUUCUGUUUUGGAGGACUUGAUUCAGAAAGGUUGAUUAUCUUUGUAUUCCAUUUUCUACGUAAAAGUUGGUAGUGUUUGCAACUUA